AUGGACAAGUCGCGUUGACGAGUGAGUCGAUUCAGUUGUGUUCUCACACCGCACCCACCCCGAUGAAAGUGUCCCCAAAACCAAACACCCUACUACUCGCUUCCAUGUGCACGACGUCGCUCGACAAAACUGUCCCUCUGUCUCCUUCUGAUCUGGUGGAGGAAAUGUGCGAGCUGUCUAUUAACAAUGCCUGUCUGCCUCAUUGAGGCAUGCACCUCGCCACCACCAAGAAUACGUAAGGAGAAGAAGCCACCGAGAGAAACGGCAAAACCGACACCACCCAGCUACUGGGCCGUUCAUCUACCCUCCCUCCCUCCGUCCGUCAUCCGCCCGCCUCUCCCCCUCAAUGAUACUUGCCUCCACUCUCCUUCUCCGGGUGUCGCAGGUGGCUGUCGUCCGACACCCUCAGACACCCCACACGCCACGACGGCCCCGCCCGCGGCUGCAGCAGACCGUCCACCGCAAACUCGCUCAUGUGCUGCGGGGGCAGCGCCUCCAACUGCCGACAGACAGCAGGAGAGAGAGCAAGGACCCAAUCGAUGGAUGCCCAUUCGCCUUGAUGUUGGUCAUGUGCCUGUGACCGUCCGUCUGCAUACCUCGGUGAUAGAGGCGUAUGUGACGCCCCGCGGGAAGUGAACGCCUGGCACGAGGGAACGCGCCAGCCCCUGCAGGCACAUAUUGAUGCCAUGUCAUUCGUGUCAUGCAUAGAUCAAAUCAGACCCCCACCUCUACAGUUGCUCCGUGACACACGAGCAUGACGGUCUCGUACGGAUGGGCAGACAGAAUGGCCUUCAUGGCCUGCACACACACAGACGAGUGACUCAGUGGCUCAUCCGUCUCUGCCUGUGCGUGUCUACUCUACUCACCUUCUGACACCGCUCGUAGAAGAGAUCCAGCUACACACAGACACACAGAGGGGCGUACACACGACACAGGCAGAUUGAGAGAGAGAGAGAGAGAGAAGAAGGUCUCGUAAAUUGACAAGUGUCUGUCUGUCUGUCUGUCAUGUUGUGUUCGUGCUGCCCACCGUCUCUGGGAAGGAUGGCACCGCAGUUUUGUGUUUGUGGUGGUGGUUGAUGAGCGGCAUGGUCUUGAUGAGCUGCGACGGAGGGACCAUCUUGCGCAGCGGGUCACCAUCCGGAUACCACUCCCCCUUCAGCCUAUCAUACACACACGACACGACCCAUCAUGCUCGCUCCUCGGCGCAUUAAUUCCCUCCUGGAGCUGCACGUUAAACUCACCAUUCUGCGAUUCCCGGCUCGAUGCACACGCGGGCCGUGCCGCCCAGAGCUGUUGCCGCACUGUGUGCGGUGCAGACACAGCGGACGAACGGCGACGAAUAGAUGACUGAUAUGCCUGCAGAACACCACACAUGAGAGUGUGGUUUCUGCAGGUCAUGGGCGCGUGUGUGGUCGUGCAUUGCGUCUGACUUACGUACCCUUGCCCUGCAGCACCACGCCGAGGUCAUAGCCCUGCUCACCAGCAGAACAACACAGACAUAACGACUCAUCGGUGCACCUGGCGCCUUCACUCGCGGUGUGUUUGAUGCACCUGUCGGUGUCCUCGGGCAGUCAGGAAGGGAUCUUCAGGCACGUCGGCCUUGCUGGGCCACGACGGAUCCACGAAGUCGAUGCGCUCGCCGUGGCGGCAGAUGAACAGCCGAGGCAUAGUCCAAAACACUACAAUGCUCCAGUGACCCAGCUCUUUUCCCUCCCCC